GAACUCAGUCUCACGCACAAACACACACACACACACACGUGCACUGAGGCGGUGUGUAUCGGAUCGGGCGCGCGCGCGGGCUGGUGUGUACAGUGAUGGUGGAGGUGCUGUGCGCGCGGAACGGGAGCGCGGAGAAAGCGGGGAGAGCGGGCAUGCUGCUGCUGCUCGAACCCCCAACUCCCACCAUCACCACAGUUGCUAUGGUGCAUGAGCCCCCUCAGCUUUUCCCUACAGUCGAUGUCCCUGAUCACGCACACUACUUAAUCGGUGCAGUAAUCUUCGCCAUUGGCGUCACAGGCAUCGUAGGCAACUUCCUGGUCAUCUUCGCUUUCACCAGGACUCGAACUCUUAGGACUCCUGCCAAUAUGUUUAUAAUAAACCUUGCCAUCACAGACUUCUUCAUGUGUGCCACUCAGUCACCAAUAUUUUUCAUAACAAGUAUACACAAGAGAUGGGUCUUUGGAGAGAAAGGUUGUGAGCUGUAUGCGUUCUGUGGGGCUCUGUUUGGCAUCUGCUCCAUGAUCACGCUAAUGGUCAUCGCAGUAGAUCGCUACUUCGUCAUCACCCGACCCCUGAGCUCCAUUGGCAUGCUGUCUAAGAAGAAGGCACUAUUUGUCCUGAUAUGUGCCUGGGUGUAUUCUCUGGGCUGGAGCCUGCCACCCUUCUUUGGCUGGAGUGCCUAUAUUCCUGAAGGUCUGAUGACGUCUUGCACGUGGGAUUAUGUGACCUUUAUCCCCUCGGUUCGGGCAUACACAAUGAUGCUCUUUAUCUUUGUCUUCUUCAUACCUCUCAUCGUCAUCAUCUACUGCUAUGUCUUCAUCUUCCAUGCCAUUCGUAACAGCAAUCAAGAUGUGAGGAAGAUGGACAGAUGCAAUACCAGAGAUACUGUGAAGAGAUUCAACAAGAUGAAGAAAGAGUGGAAAAUGGCCAAGGUUGCUCUGAUUGUCAUCCUGUUGUAUGUCAUCUCCUGGUCUCCUUAUUCAGUUGUGGCCCUUACAGCAUUUGCUGGUUAUGCAGAUAUGCUGACACCAUAUAUGAAUUCAGUACCUGCUGUGAUAGCCAAGGCUUCAGCAAUCCACAAUCCCAUCAUUUACGCCAUCACACACCCCAAAUACAGAGUGGCUAUAGCCAAAUAUAUCCCAUGCCUGCGUGUGCUGCUGUGUGUUCCUCAGAGGGAUCUUCAAUCUCUCCACAGCAGUUUUAUAUCUACCAGACUCUCCACUAUAACCAACCGAACCUCGGAUGUGUCUGGGAACUUGUCCCAAAGCAGUACAUGCAAAUCCUACAUCUCCUCUGGCUCUGAUGGUGAAUCUGAUGGAAAUGACAACUUGGAUGGUGCUGCGAUCCAGAUCCCCAGAAUUGUGGUCACCUCUGAGUCUGGCCAGUUUUUGACUUGUGAGAAUUGAAAUGUUGUGUUAUUGUACUCCAUGCUGUGCUGAUAAAUGACUGGUUGUUGUUGGCUCACAUAUUCAUAGUACUUUUUUUUUUUUUUAACAUUAAAAGAAGUGAUUAGUCAUAUAAUAAGGUGGUUACCUGUGAGGAAGUAAGCAAUCUCCAACCUGAUGGCAUUUUUCAUUAUUUCAUCAUUACACCCAUUUAAAUUAUUAUUUGCUUUGGAACUGUACAGUGUUGUCCUAAUUCUGCUUGAUUUCUUGGAUAAUUUGUGUCUCUAAGAGUAAGUUGAUGUAUUUGUCAAAGGAAUUUAUGUGGAGUUAUCAAUGUUCUGUAAAUGUGGUUGUUCUUAUUUAUUUAUGAUUAUUUUUUAAA